UUAUUUGCGAUGCUUGCCCAUGCACUGGACUGAUGGCCGCUGGGCCGAUGCUAAUCAGUCCUGCGCAUCCAGCAAGCCGAGCUUGCGUGGCUCCUCGAGAACAUUGCGCCCCAUGUGCUCAAAGACAUGCUGCAGACCAUCAAGGAGGGCGUCUCGGCGUGCUCGCAAACCAUCGACAUCGCUUCAAGUCCUGCUGCAGCCAUUGGAGCCACUCUCGCGAUCACAUCGGCCGGCAACGAUGUGCUGAAGGGAUUUGUCACGGUGGACGGAGCGGUCAUUAAGAAAGGCGAGCUGCACAUCAAGUUUCCCCAUUAUCCACGAACCCAGGUCCUCAAGGCAACGCUGAAUCCGGCGCAUCCGUUUCCUCUUCGGCAGAUCCAAACGGCUCGAAACUGCCUCAUUCUAGCUCUCGACGCCGCCGAGACCUUUCCGAUCAACAACUACGACUCCAUAUCGCUCAAGCAGCUCCUCGAUCGAGUUGCAGAGUUUGUCAAAAAGGCCAGGGACACGCUGACGCACGUCGACACAGCCCAGGCAUUUCCGCUCUACGAGGUCGACGCAAAGCACUUCUCUCCCGAGCUGCCUGAGGAUCUAGUCGUCGAGUUCUUCGUCAGUGGCAGCUGCCUGGUCACCUGUGUCUACAGCCUCAGUUUCCAAGUCGGGCUGCCGGCCAUCCCCAUGAAUCAGUUCCAAAUGAGUCUGAUCCAAAACAAGCUCAUGGGUCGCAGCCGCGAGUUUGUCAAAAUCGACUCAUACAAGGGACGCAAGGUCGAGCUCAUCGACGAAGUCACGGUGGAAUCAAAGAGCCCAAAGCUCGAGAAGAUCUUUAAUGCUAUCACCAAGAUCGAAGUACUGUGCCAGGGACUUCGGACUAAACUAGAGGCACUCUAAUAUACACCCAGCGAUGGCCGUUUCUGAGCGCCACGCGACAGUCCAAGGCAGAAACAAGUCAGCUACU